GCCAUUGUUGGGUCAAAUUCACAACAGGUGGUGAGGAGAGCCCCUCCCAAGGCUGCUGGGGAUAAGUCAUUUAUUAAAUAGGCCUGCUUGUCAUGAGGGCGUGAAGCUGGCACCAGGAUACUCUGGCAGCUGGGCCCGGAAGCAAGCCGAGGUUUCUGAAGUUGGGGCUGAGUUCCUCGUGGAGCUUGCGUGGAGCGGAGGGAACGUGGCCAGAGCAGCCUUCGGCUGAGGACGGCAGGCCGACACGGAGCCAUGCCUUCUGCGUCUGCCUGCAAUGGAUCGUAGGGAGAUGGAUUUGUACGAGGACUACAAGUCCCCAUUUGAUUUUGACUCAGGUGUGAACAAAAGCUAUCUGUACCUGUCUCCUAGUGGGAAUGCGUCUCCACCCGGAUCACCAACCCUCCAGGAACUCGGUGUGCUGAGGACGGACCCUGUACCCGAGGAAGCAGAAGAUGCUGCUGCCAGCAUCAGUGCCACAGAGAACCUGUCCGAGGAGGAGCAAGAAGAGCUGAGGCGGGAACUCGCAAAGGUAGAGGAAGAAAUCCAGACUCUGUCUCAAGUGUUAGCAGCAAAAGAGAAGCACCUGGCCGAGCUCAAGCGGAAGCUGGGGAUCAGCUCAUUGCAGGAGCUGAAGCAGAACAUCGCCAAAGGGUGGCAGGACGUGACGGCCACAUCCGCAUACAAGAAGACCUCCGAAACCUUGUCUCAGGCUGGGCAGAAGGCUUCGGCUGCCUUUUCAUCCGUUGGCUCGGUCAUCACCAAGAAGCUGGAAGACGUAAAAUUGCAAGCUUUUUCACAUUCGUUUAGUAUACGCUCCAUUCAACAUUCAAUUAGCAUGCCUGCUAUGAGAAACUCUCCAACAUUCAAAUCUUUUGAGGAGAAAGUUGAAAACUUAAAGUACAAAGUUGGGGGAACCAAGCCUGCUGGCGGUGAUUUCGGAGAAGUCUUGAAUUCGGCUGCCAGCGCCAGUGCCACUGCUGAGGAGCCUCUUCCGGAGCAAACACAGGAGGGCCUGUGAGCUUCCUCCCUUUGUUGUGCCACCCACUGCCAGAUGCUGCAAGCAAGAUCCAAGCACAUCUUGUCAGCAUUCAUCGCCAUGGAUUUCUGCCAGAUGUGCUCUUAUUUAGCUUUACAUAUUUCUCCGACCAAAUAGUCUGUGGGUUACACAAAAGGAAAGUACUUUCACCCCUCUUCUUGGGAACACCCUCUAGCGUGCUUUCGGGCCCUUUGUUGAAGAAACACGGAAACACUCCUAGGACACUCACUGGAAUGAUCUGGGACUGUGCAGGCUCUCUUAGUUGCUUUCUCACUUUAUAAAGAUUGUUCUGGAUGCCAGUUUGCUCUGGCUCCUCUAAUAUUUUCUUUCUUUUUUUUUUUUUUUUUGACUCUGUACAGUUGAUUCAUAGCUGAAGUUGUUCUGAUUUUUCUGAAUCCUGGUUAUUGAAUUUUUUGGUAUUGUUUUCUUUAUCUCCAAGGGAAGAACUACUUGCUGUAAUUAUAUUUUUGGAUAAACACUGUUUUGGUGUAAAGUACAAAUUGUAUUUUAUGUCAUCAGAUUAAACAGCUCUGCAUGUGAUUUGUUCUAGUUUUGUGGCACUCUGCAGAAAUUCAAGCUACUAGGUGACCCGAGUGAAGCCACCACCCCCCACAUCCUUGUUUAUCCACAUUUAUGGCAGUAAUCGUUUCAGUGUACUAGCAAUUAUACCACUCAUAUCCACUUACUUUUUAAAUCAGAUUAAAAUUUUAAUUUCUGAAUAAACUUACAAUAACACUGAAUCAAGCAUAUUGUAGUAUCAGUAGUUUGAAAUCUGUGCAUGGUCUUCAACGUCCAAUUCAAAAGACUGUAAUUUUUUUUUUAAUGUUUUAAAGCCCUAGAUAGCUAUAAAAAUGUUAAAAUCAAUGCCAUUAGGGACAACAUUGCUGUGUUCCAGUAAUUUAUGUAGCCUCAGUUUAAAGAAGCACAUGAUGUUAUAUGCUUAAUAUAACUUGAACAUUUUGUACACUGAGGAUGUGAUGCUGUAACAAAAAUCAACUCCUCAUUUUCUACUGGUUUCCUGCCUGUUAGAAACUAUAGCAUUACACUGUAGACGUUGCCCCGGAUUCUGAGAACGAUUGCCAGGGCUGAGGGAUCCAGGCCUCUGCACGUGUCCUCCCUCUAGUCACCUCAGCACCACUUCCUCAUGCAGCAUUUAUACUACACUGUUGUCUUUGUUAUUUAUCAAGCUGUGAUUGUUUUAUUAUUGUGUAUGCAAAACGUUCAUUGCCAAUCCUGGAGUGACCUUUAGCAUUUUUUUUUUUUUUAAGAACAAGCAUGACUAGAUUUAUUUCAGGAUAAAUUCUCUUGUAAAAGCCGGAUUGGAAAUGCUGCCAGUGUUGACUGUCCUGCGGUAACGUGCUGUCAUUCUUGACUGCUGGGACUGUUUGUGCUUGGAUGCAUCUGAAGCUACGCUCUUCUUCCAUGUGAAAAGCUUAAUAAAAUCUGUACAUCAGUGGCACGGAGCUCAGCGUUUCUUAUGAGACCAAUGGUUUGCAAGCAGUUUGUUGUGUUUUAUACUUAAAGAAUCAACUGUGAAGAAGAAGUGGGAUGGCAAUGAGAGAAGGAAUUGGAGUUAACUUGUCUGAACCUUACCUGCACGUCAUCUCAGAAAUUUUAUUGUGGUCUGCCUCUUAAAAGAAUUAAUGAAAAGAAUGGAUUUAGAAAGAUAUUCAACAUGGUCGUAGUGGCAUAUCCAAUAUUAACAGUUCAGAUACGCAAGAAAUUUGGAAUAUAGCAAUUUGGUUGGAACAUAGGGAAUUCUGAUUGGUUACUCUAUUGUGUUUUGUCAUUGACACAAAAACAAUGAGUGAUAUUUAGGAUGUGAUAAUAAAGUUUAAUGGAAAAGGUGAAAAAAAAAUCAGCUUACAAAAAUGAACCCUUAAUUGAGUGUGUGUAUAAUAAAGCAACAAAUCUUAUCUUUAGAGGACAAAGUACUCAAAGAGAACUCAAUUGGAUUAUUGUUUUAACAACAAAGUAACCGUUGGGAAUAAAGAAAAAACAAUUCGGACUGUA